CGCUUUCAUCUUUUUAUAGCUCCUUCCCCCCCCCGUUCUCUCUCAAGUCUCAACUAAAACCCGAUAGAUUCCCGAAACGUGUGUUGUAGUAGUAAGUAGCUCCCAACCGAUACGAUACGAUACAGAAUCCUAGAGGAGCUAAAAGCUUGAUCUCGGAGGAGACCCAUCGAUGCCGACGGCGGCCGGGCCUGCACCACCGUCCGAUAGAAUCCCGAUGGGAUCGACGAUGCAGAUGCCAUCAGAGGCGUUUGCAAGGGACGCGAUUAUCGCUUGGUUCAGGGGAGAAUUCGCGGCUGCGAACGCCAUUAUCGAUGCGCUCUGCAACCACUUGACUCAGCUCGAUACACUCUUUGGUAAUGGAACCGCCAGCUACGAAUCGGUGUUUGAAGCGAUUCACAGGAGGCGGUUGAACUGGAUCCCGAUCCUCCAUAUGCAGAAGUACUAUUCGAUCGCCGACGUGACUCUCGAGCUCCGGAAAGUCGCGACGGCGAAGACGAAGACAAAGGAGGAAGAGAGGACGCAGAGCGAAGAAGCUAGGGUUUAUUUUAAGGAGAAAGAGAGCUGUAGGGAAGUUAAAGAUCAGGUUCAGGAGGUGAAAAGUGAUUCUGUGGAGGACUUGAAGCAGAGUAAUGCUGAUAAGCAGAGUGAUGGUGAUGCCGGUGAUGAGGUAGUAGAAGAAGACUCAUCUAAAGAUGAUUUUUCAGAUCCUAAGGUUGUUGAAGGAGGAUCUCAUGAAGAUGAGCUUCCGUUGGAGAACACUUGGUUUUGCUCCAAUGACGAAGACUGCGAGACAAGGCGUGCCAAGAUCAAGAUAACUAAAGGUUUCGUAGCCAAGGAGCCAGUGAAAGGGCACAUGGUCAACGUUGUGAAAGGUCUGAAGGUGUAUGAAGAAAUCUUCACUGGGUCGGAGCUUUCUAAGCUCAAUGACUUCGUAAAUGAACUCCGCAGUGCUGGUCGGGAUGGAGAACUCUCAGGUGAGACGUUUAUCUUGUUUAACAAGCAAUUGAAGGGGAACAAGAGAGAGUUAAUUCAGCUAGGAGUUCCAAUUUUCGGACAGAUCAAAGAUGAAGCAACAAGUAAAUUGCACAAGUGUAAUAUCGAUCCGAUCCCAUCAGUUCUCCAAGCUGUCAUUGAUCACCUGGUUCAGUGCCGCCUCAUACCAGAAAGUAGAAAACCCAAUAGCUCCAUCAUUAACUUCUUUGACGAGGGCGAGUAUUCACAACCGUACCUUAGGCCACCACAUUUGGAGCAGCCUAUCUCUACUCUUCUCCUUUCUGAAUCCACUAUGGCUUUUGGACGGGUUCUCCAAAACGAUGCCAAUGGGAACUUCAAAGGUUCACUCAUGCUCUCUCUUAAAGAAGGAUCGCUCCUAGUCAUGCGAGGGAAUAGCUCUGACAUGGCAAGGCAUGUUAUAUGUCCAUCUUCAAAUAAGAGAGUUAGCAUUACAUUCUUCAAGGUUCGGCUGGAUACCAACCCAAUUCAGACACAGGUCAUUCCGCCACUGACCAAGGCCAUGACACUUUGGCAACCAGGAGUGCCACAUCCUUGCACAAUGUCCAAUGGAGCGGAAGCGCUCAACGGAUACGAAGGCAUGGACAUGGUCCCCAAAUGGGGAGUUCUCCGUGCCCCUCUUGUUAUGUUAGCUCCAAUGCGGCCCAUGGUUAUGAACCCGAGAAAGAUCCCACGCGGUGGUACAGGGGUGUUCUUGCCCUGGACAGUCAGCUCAAAGAAACCCACCAAACAUCUCCCUCCCCGUGCACAGAAGGGAAGGCUCCUGGCACUGCCUCCGCCAAUUGAAACACCAGCAGUGGAACCCAUUUCCGAUGCAGGAGUCACAGUUUGACCAUUCUUUGUGUCUUGUUGCUUUGAUGAAACCAUUGGGAAGGCAGCAUCAAACUUUGGCUUGACUGUUUUGGAUAUAAAGGAGGGUUCACAUCUUACCUCAUUCAAAGAACAAUUAGAUGUUUUGUGAGGUGGAUGUUAUGGCCAAAUCUGUACAAAUCAUGGGAAAAGAAUCUCUUCGUACUGCAGAGAAUAUAUGAUAUAGUAUAGAGAUAUCAGUUUUCUGUGUAGGGAAUCUGUAGGCUUUUUUCUUUUUUUUUUUUUCAGGAAGAGUAGGGAUGCUUCCCAUUCCUGCACCUUGCCGUGGAUAACCCACCAUUGUAAGAGUGUUUGGAAACAAUUGAGCUGGAUUUUUAAGUUCUGAGGGAUAUGAAUUUAACCCUAAUAGAGGGUGGAAUUUUUUUUAUCUAUUUAUGUUAUUGAGUUGUGAUCUUCUUUUUCAGAGGCAGGUGGAAUUUCUGCUAUACUUUUUGUCUUCUUUGUGUGGUGGUUAAAAUGGAAUCAGCUUUUAGCACCUGUGGAUAAUCCAGGGGGCUGGUUUACUUUAAAUGGAGAUAAGAAAGGGAAGCUUUAGCUUUAUUUCAAUCA